AAUAAUAAUAAUAAUAAUAAUAAUAAUAACAAUAAUAAUAAUAAUAAUAAUAAUAACAAUAACAAUAACAAUAAUAAUAAUAAUAAUAAUAAUAACAAUAACAAUAACAAUAACAAUAACAAUAACAAUAACAAUAAUAAUAACAAUAACAAUAACAAUAACAAUAACAAUAACAAUAACAAUAACAAUAACAAUAACAAUAACAAUAACAAUAACAAUAACAAUAACAAUAACAAUAACAAUAACAAUAACAAUAACAAUAACAAUAACAAUAACAAUAAAAAUAACAAUAACAAUAACAAUAACAAUAACAAUAACAAUAACAAUAACAAUAACAAUAACAAUAACAAUAACAAUAACAAUAACAAUAACAAUAACAAUAACAAUAACAAUAACAAUAACAAUAACAAUAACAAUAACAAUAACAAUAACAAUAACAAUAACAAUAACAAUAACAAUAACAAUAACAAUAACAAUAACAAUAACAAUAACAAUAACAAUAACAAUAACAAUAACAAUAACAAUAACAAUAACAAUAACAAUAACAAUAACAAUAACAAUAACAAUAACAAUAACAAUAACAAUAACAAUAACAAUAACAAUAACAAUAACAAUAACAAUAACAAUAACAAUAACAAUAACAAUAACAAUAACAAUAACAAUAACAAUAACAAUAACAAUAACAAUAACAAUAACAAUAACAAUAACAAUAACAAUAACAAUAACAAUAACAAUAACAAUAACAAUAACAAUAACAAUAACAAUAACAAUAACAAUCUGAACUACAAUAACAAUAACAAUAACAAUAACAAUAACAAUAACAAUAACAAUAACAAUAACAAUAACAAUAACAAUAACAAUAACAAUAACAAUAACAAUAACAAUAACAAUAACAAUAACAAUAACAAUAACAAUAACAAUAACAAUAACAAUAACAAUAACAAUAACAAUAACAAUAACAAUAACAAUAACAAUAACAAUAACAAUAACAAUAACAAUAACAAUAACAAUAACAAUAACAAUAACAAUAACAAUAACAAUAACAAUAACAAUAACAAUAACAAUAACAAUAACAAUAACAAUAACAAUAACAAUAACAAUAACAAUAACAAUAACAAUAACAAUAACAAUAACAAUAACAAUAACAAUAACAAUAACAAUAACAAUAACAAUAACAAUAACAAUAACAAUAACAAUAACAAUAACAAUAACAAUAACAAUAACAAUAACAAUAACAAUAACAAUAACAAUAACAAUAACAAUAACAAUAACAAUAACAAUAACAAUAACAAUAACAAUAACAAUAACAAUAACAAUAACAAUAACAAUAACAAUAACAAUAACAAUAACAAUAACAAUAACAAUAACAAUAACAAUAACAAUAACAAUAACAAUAACAAUAACAAUAACAAUAACAAUAACAAUAACAAUAACAAUAACAAUAACAAUAACAAUAACAAUAACAAUAACAAUAACAAUAACAAUAACAAUAACAAUAACAAUAACAAUAACAAUAACAAUAACAAUAACAAUAACAAUAACAAUAACAAUAACAAUAACAAUAACAAU